ACAAAGGAAGAAAGGAAGAGGCCGUGCCGUGGGCUCCAAAGUGUUAGCCGACCCAGGGAAGGAGAGAUGACACCUCGUUUCUGUCAUUCCAGUCUCCAAUGUAAACCCGCACGCUUAGAGAGGUGUUGAAUACGACCAGACAAACGCUUUUGUGCUUACGUGUGGACGCAGAGGCAGAUAGAGGGAAUGUAACGAGAAUGUUUUCGGCAGCGAACGCUAUCAAAGCUAGCCGAGUGGCUUAGGUAGUAAGCUAACAUUAGCUGAAGGAGCUAACCUUUCAUGUACGUGCUACAUAACACAGAUGUCAUCUUCCCUGGGUCAUUUUGCUUAGCUGGACAAUCAGCAUCAAAUGAAAGGUGGUGGAAGUGGAACUUGACCCAUCCAACUGAGUCACCAUUUUCCUGCACACAAUGGGUGUCAUGGUUCCACUCUAUGCAUGGCUUGUUUUGUGCGGCCUGAUGGGAGGUCACUGUGGAUAGUACUUUCAUCAGGAUACCAGCAGAGCCAUCCCAUGCCGCCACAUUGGAGGGCCCGUCAGAAUGAAGAAGAUAAGCCUUAAGACCAUCCGCAAGUCCCUCAGCAUAAAGGGCAAGGAGGAGGACUUUGUCAUGCUCCAGCAGCCCUCAGUGACUCCUGAAUUUUCUAAGGAAGAGUCACUUUUUGGGGGCUGCUACACCAAAGAGCUCUCCGGCUGUGAACUUGGUGGAGAAGAGGACAAGGGGGGUCAGAACAAGGGUCGCUCAAAGAGUGAGAGCCUGAUGGGAUCACUAAAGAGGAGGCUCUCUGCCAAGCAGAAGGCAAAAGUGAAAGGCGGGUCUUCUGCCAUUGGCUCGGUGGAUGAUGAUGACACCUUCUCAUCUUCCUCUGUGCCCAUCAGCUUCAAUGAGGUGAAAGCUCAGAGACCCCUAAGAUCUGCGUCCCUACGAAGUCACCAUUAUAGCCCCUCACCGUGGCCUCUGAGAUCGGUCAACUCUGAUGAUUCAUGCAUUAAAAUGGAGGUAAAAGUAAAAGCCAUGGUUCACUCACCCAGCCCCAGUCCCAGCUUAAACGGUGUCCGGAAAGAAUUUCAUGAUUUCCAGAUGGAAGGGCUCUUUCAGGAUCAAGCAGAAUCCCUAAAGAAUCUCCAGCAGCCACAAAAUGGUGAGCUGCAUCUAAAUAUUGAUGAAAACGAUGUGCCUGUGGUGCUGGGGUUGACACCCCAGGACUACAUCCAGUACACAAUGCCUUUAGAUGAGGGAAUGUACCCGGAAGGGUCCCACUCUUUUUGCCUGGACAGCUCCUCUCCUAUGGAGGUGGUGACAGAAGCAGACACUGGUUCCCUCCACACAGACCAGGGACAAGAGGAACAUGAACUUGUUAGUGGGUUGCCAGCGGAUCUCUUUAUGGAAACCUCAGUUAGUAGUCUUCUCAUCGGUUCUGGUGGUGUGUUGCUCCAAAGCUCCAGGGUAGAGGUCCCGCCUCCUCUCUCUCCACUCCUGCCACCCGUGAUGAAUAAUGGACAUAUACCCAGGACUUUUUCAGGGUUCAGCUCUACAGACAGCCAGGUAGCUGAGAGGGUAAGACAUCACCUCAACUUUGACCCCCAUUCAGCUCCUGGGGUCAGUCGGGUGUACGACUCAGUCCAGAGCAGCGGACCAAUGGUUGUUACUAGCCUGACAGAGGAGCUGAAGAAGUUGGCAAGGCAGGGCUGGUACUGGGGCCCCAUCACACGGUGGGAGGCAGAGGAGAAGCUGGUCAACUUGGCUGAUGGCUCAUUCCUAGUGCGAGACAGCUCAGAUGACAGGUACCUACUCAGCCUGAGUUUCAGGUCACAGAGCAAAACCCUCCACACCCGUAUCGAACACUCUAAUGGACGCUUCAGCUUCUAUGAGCAGCCCGAUGUUGAGGGACACACGUCCAUUGUUGACUUAAUUGAUCACUCUAUCAAAGACUCAGAAAAUGGAGCUUUUUGCUAUUCCAGGUCUCGCGUACCAGGGUCUGCAACUUACCCUGUUAGACUAACCAACCCAGUAUCUCGGUUUAUGCAAGUGCGCUCUCUGCAGUACCUUUGUCGCUUUGUCAUUAGACAAUACACAAGAAUAGACCUGAUCCAGAAACUGCCCUUACCUAACAAAAUGAAAGAUUAUCUGCAGGAGAAGCACUACUGAGGACACAGACAGGACAGGACAGUGGUAGCAAUUUGCACUUUUGUGUUCAGUUAGGAGAUUUAAAGCCGGUUUACAUACAACUACAGUUUUUACAUGUUUGGUUCUGGUGGUCCUUGAUUUGUGUCCACAUGAUUCUGUCACUGUUUAGUCCUCCAUUCCACUGUUCUGUUUUUAAUUUUUUUUGCUGGUUUUAGGAGGCUUUUCUUUCAGAAACACAGUCCAGUACAUAAUCUAUUGCAAAAAUAUAAUGGAGGUUUACAGCCAAGUUAUCAUAUUUACGUACAUUAAAUGUAGACUUUAGGUAUGUAUUGUGAUGAACUGUUAGGUGUAACAUCAAGUUGUGCAAGUAGAACAGAUUUUCAUAAGUUUGCCAUCUACACUAAAGUUUGGCUGCUAAGGAAAAAUAAACAAUACACUAUUCUACACUCA